AGGUAUUUUGGGCCAAUGGAUUCACCUGCACGGAUUCUAGAGAAACCUGCCCGUAGUUUCUCACUCUCUCUCUGUCUCAUAGUCUUCACCAACUUCUCUUUAUAACCCAUCUGCCUUCCAUAUCUUCCACUCCAUCUCUCUCUCGCUUUAUCUCUCUCUCUCUCUAAAACACAUUCUAGACCCCAAAGAGAAAACAAGAACAACAGAAAAAACCCCAAAACACACGCACUAAAAAAAAAUUGCUGGUGUUUUAGAACCACACAUACACGAUAUCUUUUUUGUUAAUUGAUGGAGUCCACAAGUACAAGGAGGCCUUGUUUCAUCGAGGAAGAUUAUGGGUUGGCUUCUUUGGCAGACAUGGAAGCUGGGAUCUCUGGAACUGGGAACCAGCAUAAUCAUACCCACCAUAGUCACAACCAAAACCACCCUUUCUUCUCUAGGACACUGUGUUACAGUGCCUCGUAUAAUAUUAGUAGGAGGGGUAGUUUGAGAAACCUCUCGGCUUUGUCUCCGAGAUCUGCUGGGCCUAGGUUCUAUGAUGCAAGAUUCGAGGAUCACCAACCCCAUUUCUUGGAAGCCUGUUUUCUUUGCAAGAAACCACUUGGGGAUAACAAAGACAUCUUCAUGUACAGAGGUGACACUCCAUUCUGUAGUGAAGAGUGCAGACAGGAACAAAUAGAAAUCGAUGAAGCAAAGGAGAAGAACUGGAAUCUUUCUUCCUCAAUGAAGGCGUUGAGGAAAAAGCAACAGAGAGAGUCCACUUCCCCAAACAAAACCCAGAAGAACUACCCUUUACGUACAAGCACUGUUGCAGCCGCUUAAGUAUAUUAACCAAACAAAAAAAACAAAGAUGUGGACCUACCACAAUAUAUUACCAGAAAAAGAAAUGAGAAGUAUAAAAAAAAAAUUAUGCUUUGUGUUUUAGGAAGAGAAAUAGGGCGGAGAUACAAGAAGAAGAAAGAGAGACCCAUUUGAGAAUUUUGUGUAUGUUGAAACUGUGAAUCGUAAUUAGUAGGAGAAAGUGUGUUUGGUUGCU